UUAGCAUCCAUUGUUAGACAGCAGAGUAUCUCUGCUGAUUUAGAAACACUCUCCAUUACUGAUUGCUCUGCUAAGAAAGCUUUAAAUGAAGAGAACUAUUUAAGUCAAUCAAAUAUGACUGUUUCAACACCAAUUACGGUUCAUACUUCACCCACUAUAGCUUAUUCAAAUGUAUCGAGACUGGCGCGAGACCCGAGUUUUCAAUCCGAUAGCAGUCACUGUAGCAGCGUCGAGAGUCUUCUUGAACUGAGACGCGCUGACCCGGAGGCGGUGCUGCUGAGCCUCGGCUUCGGGGGCUGCGCGAGCAGUCCUCGGGACACGGGGCCACUCUCUCGCAUACCAAAGCGCUUUCUUCAGCCGUCGAAGCUGAAGGGGAUUGCCAUUAAUGACUUUGUCAAGCAUCAGCAGGAGACAAAUGAAUCGCUUGAUUCUACAUCCCUCGGGUAUCGAGGGCUCACAGGUUCGCCGUAUGUAGCUCCAUCCGAAAUUGUACAAAAGAUUAUGCAGCGGCUACGAGAACACGAGUACCACGAACUUGACGCCUACACUACAUAUAAUAAUAAUACAGUACCUCACAUGCUGCAACAACAGGAAAACAAACUGUCGGUCCUAUCACCUGACAAUCGCCAGUUUCUCGAUAGACCGAGAUCGAAAAGUCCUGAUAUGCGAAACAAGCGGAUGAUCAUUGGUCAAAAGUCCUUUGCCUUUGGGCACAACGGCGAUCUCAUAGAAGUCAGCUCAUCAAGGAGUCAAAUGUCGACGCAAACAAAUAGUUUGUUUAAGUUAUUGGACGAUACGACCGCGCCAGAUCAAAUGGGACCAACGUUCAUCGCGGACGAAGAAAGUAUGACAAAUAAUAAUAACGAAUUUUCUAGCGGAAAGUCAAAGCCAACAUUGGUCGAUCUCGAUAAUUAUAGUGGGGAGAACAAAGACUCUAUUGAAACUGUUGUUUUUACAGCCGAAGACAAUAUCAAUGCGAAUAAUAAUAAAAUUACUGACCCACUGGAGGUAGAAUUAUUGUCCAGCGGCAACAGCGGCAACAGCGACAAUAUCGAUGAGCUUGUAUAUUUAAGUGACAGUAAUCAGCGACGAGCUAGCGAGGGUUCUUGUAAGAUAUUUCAUUCGGAGUAUGAAAAGGGUCGAAGAUUUAGCGACGGGCUGACGCGCCCUAUGAAAAAGAACGAAAGUACGUCCGAGACUUCCUCUUGCCCUUCGUCUUCAUUAGCGAGACGCAAAAGUUUAAAACGCCAAGCUAAAAUAGACGUGGAGUCGUCGUUCGAAGACGUAAUGUCGGUGGACAUUGAUACGGAUGGGUCGCAAAGAUCCGGCAGUUUGCAUCUGAGGCUUCAGAAUAAAUGUGUUCAUUGCGGAAAAGUGGAGAGCGAUGAAAAGGAUGAUGAGGAAGAGGCCGGCCUCUCGUGCUGUUACAAGAGGACCAGUCAGGACUGUUGGCUCGAGAUGGAGAAGGUCUUGCAGAAAAAUAAGAAACUUGAAGACGUCGUGGCGAAGAGUCGCAGAGAAAUGGCCGAGAUCAGGGAUAUGCUAAGUAGUGUACUUUCCGUAAGGAUGGAACCUGGAUUUUAAGUUCCUAGUUGAAAGCACGACGUUUCAAUGCACUAUUAAUUCAAUAUGAUUUUGUUAUUUGAUCUUUACAUUGUGAAACAUAGUGACGUAGCUUUAUCUGUGAUUAGACUCUGAUUGAGAGUGACGGAUUAUAAAUAUUGAAAUUUAUUGUAAAAAGUAGAAACCCUUCGUACAAAGUGGAACGACACUCUAAAAAAAUAUGAAAUAAGCCAUGCGUACAAUAAGAUUUUUCAUUCUUUUAUCUU